GGGUGGCCGGAAGUGCUCACUCUGACUUCCGCAGCACCAACUGUAGAACCAACCGCAGGCUUUGGUCUGAGAGGUGUGGCCUCACGUCAGCAGAGGGAGGAGUCCCAGGAUUUGACAGGUGCCAAAGGUGACCUCUUCAUCAACCUAACUGCUUCAGCACCUGCCAGCUGUCCCUCACCAGAGUCAUCAUGCCUCGAGGGCAGAAGAGCAAGCUCCGCGCCCGCGAGAAACGCCGCCAGGCCCGUGCUGAGACCAAGGGGCUGGAGGGUGCUCAGGCCACUGCAGCAGCAGAAGGAGAGUCCCCCUCCUCUGCCUGUCUUCCCUUUGGAGGUGAACCUCAGAAUUUGCCUGCUGCUGACAUACCUAGCACUCCUCUGGCGCCUCAGGGAGCCCCAUCUACCACCAACACUAUGGCAGCUGAUUCAUGCACCUAUCCAGAUGAAGAUUCCAGCCAAGAUGAGAAAAACGCCACAUCCUCCAAGGGCACUAAGGGCAGGAGCGGAGAUCCUUUAAACGACAAGGUGGUUUUGAUGGUGCAGUUCCUGCUGCAGAAGUAUCAAAAGAAAGAGCCAAUUACGAAGGCAGACAUGCUGAAGUUAGUUACCAAAAACUACAAGCCUCAUUUCAAUGAGAUCCUCAGGAGAUCGUCUGAGUACAUGGAGCUGGCCUUUGGUGUUGAUUUGAAGGAAGUGGAUCCCAUCAGGCACUGGUAUGCCCUUGUCAACAAACUAGAGCUCACCUUCGAUGGAACAAUGAAUAAUGAGGAGGGCAUGCCCAAGACCAGCCUCCUGAUGAUUGUGCUGAGUGUGAUCUUCAUGCAAGGCAACUGUGCCCCCGAGGAAGAGGUCUGGAAAGUGCUGAAUAUGAUGGGUGUAUAUGCUGAUAGGAAGCACUUCAUCUAUGGGGAGCCCAGGAAGAUCAUCACCGAAGAUUUGGUGCAGCUAAACUACCUGGAGUACCAGCAGGUGCCCAACAGUGAUCCUCCACGCUAUGAAUUCCUGUGGGGCCCAAGAGCCCAUGCUGAAACCAGCAAGAUGAAAGUCCUGGAGUUUUUAGCCAGGCUUCAUGAUACCAUCCCCAGUGCCUUCCCAUCCUGGUAUGAAGAGGCUUUGAAAGAUGAGGAAGAGAGGGCCCGAGCCAGAGCUGCAGCCAGGGCUCGUACCGCUGCUGCCAUGGCCAGUGCACGUUCCAGGGCCAUGGCCAGAAACUUCUCCCACACUAAGUGAAGUCUGAGGCUGGUUUAUCACUUUUUUGGUUGAAAAGGUUAUACUUUAAAUGUUGAAGCCCAAGGCAGUUUGUUUUCUUUGUGGAAGAAAAGAGCAAUCAACUUUCUAAGAAGUGGAUGGCCCGGGUGGGUCUGGUGGGAACACAGUAUAUAUCAUCUUUGUGUUCUUGUUCUAUGUGGUAAACUUAGAGUUUUAUCUUUCUUUCUCUCUUUCUUUCUUUCUUUCCUUUUGUUAUAUUUCAAAUGUUAUUUCUUUAAUAGAAGUUUUAAAUAAUUUCAGAAUCUAAAUUUAUGAAUGAUAUUGGUUACAUAUUUAUUGCCAUUUAAUAGAUUUAAGAUUAGAAGUUUUAUUAUUUUGUAAAAAAAAUUGGGAAACUUUUCAUAUUUACUGAACCAGAACAGCACAACAUGGCAUGUAACAGUUAUUUUCUUGGAAAUGUGAAAAAAUGUAGCAGUAAAAGUAUUGAGAUCAAAAAAAUAGAGGGGGAAAAGUAAAAGAUGUUCAGUUCCUGGUUUCCUUUGUCCAUUUUAGUCUGCUAUGGUGUAAAAAUAAAAGAUACAUAGGUGGAUUAACUUUGUUAAAGAAUGUAGUAAAAAUAAAA